AUGAUCACAUUGAAAUUGAAAAGGACGCCAGUGAAAUUAUGCAACUUGUCUCAUUUUGAGCAAGAAAAUGUAGAAACUGAUUAUACAUGCAGCGCAAGGAGUAAUGACAAAGUGGAGCAUAGUGAUAUUGCUAGGUGUGGAAGACAGUCGGUUGAAGCCGAAAGUAUAAAUGGAGAAAGCAACUGGGUCAGUAGAGAAACGACGAACAUCCUGAGAAUUGAUUCACAGAAGAACAGCUCAAAACAGAGGAUACUAAAAGAUUAUGGGAUUACUCGCGAGAUACUGGAGGAGCAUUUUGGCAUGUGUCCUCAAGAUGCUGCCAAAAGUCUGCGUGUUUCUGUACCAACAUUCAAACGAAUAUGCAGAGAAUAUAAUAUCUCCAGAUGGCCACAUCAUAAGACUAGAAAGGUUUAUCCCCAUGUUAGCCAAGGCAUAUCUUUACAUGGUGUUGAACCAUAUGAGGGAGAUCAACAAUGUCCUAAUCUUUCCCAAGAAAAGGGCACACAGAUAGAUCUUGUGGUAGUUUGA